AACUUGUUCCUCUGAAAGUGGAACAACCAAAGGGCGGAAGAACUGUUGCUAUCAAGUCUCGGUAGUAGUUAGUAUUUAAGAAUAUUUCGCUGCCAAAACAUUUCCCCCACUGAAUUACAGAAGACGGGUCUCUUCGCUUCUUGAACCUUCACCAACCAUUGCCCACUUUCCCUUUUGAACCUGCUGCUUGUCUCCAAUGUCGCUGCCUCUCUGAUAGCAUCGGCCUGUGGCGCAAGGAGCCGAGGACCAGGCCUGUGCUGGUGGGAGAGGGUCUGUGAUGGACCGGCUGAAGCUGUCUCGCAUAGACGAGGGGCUGGAGUCCUCUGAGGUGGCGUCUCUCUGCUUCUUGUGUCGAGAUGUUGUCAACAGGAAAAGCCAGGAGGGGAUCACGGAUGCGAAAAUGCUGUUCUCGAGACUGGAAGAAAAAGGUCUGCUGGCGAACGACUUGUUCCUUAUUCAGCUGCUUCAAACUAUCCGUCGAACAGAUCUCCUCAACCUCCUGGAGACGGACAGCAGGCCACCAGAGGAGGCCGACGCAAACCCCAUGCUGUCAGAAUACAGGGUGAUGCUGUACAAAGUGUAUGAGGACAUGACUCAGGGAAAUCUUGAAAAGAUGAAGUUUCUUUUGAGCAACAUGCUGAGCAAAAGACAGAUUGAGACAUGCAAUACGGCACUGGAUGUGUUUGCUGAAAUGGAAAAGAAUAGUUUGCUGUCAAACACAAAUCUUGAUGAGUUGCAUAAAGUGUUGCUGGAAAUGGAUCAACAACUGGCAUCGACAAUACAGCGCUACGUGAAAGGGUUAACCCGGAAGCCUCAAACCAGAGAGCCUCAUGUCAGCAUGGAUCAUCAGGUGGGCAACAACACCCCUCAGCCACCUGAAGCUAAUGAUGUGUCGAUAUCUGAAACUCAGCCUAGCAUUGGAGGAAUGAUCGUUUGCUCCGAUGCAGAACAAAAGUCCUCCCCUCUUCCUGAUCACGAAGACUACUACCCUCUGACUCAUAAACCACGUGGUUUGUGCGUGGUCAUCAAUAACGAGCACUUCACGGGAACAGAGCUGAAGAGCCGAAGAGGGACUCAGGAGGAUGAGAAGGCUCUGCGCAGAGUGUUCACCAACCUUGGCUUCACUGUGUUGGUACACAACGACUUGACUGCAGAAGCCAUGCGACAAGAGCUACGGAUGCUGGGCUCACGGAACUUUCUGGAUGAAGACGCAUUGGUGGUGUGCGUGCUUUCCCACGGAGAAAUGGGAUGCGUCUUUGGGACCGAUGAGCAGAAGGUGCACAUUCAAGAACUGAAACAGCCCUUCACCAGCAGAAGAGCACCCACCUUGGCCGGGAAGCCCAAACUGUUCUUCAUCCAAGCGUGUCAAGGAAGCAGCUUCCAGAGAGGAUCCAUGCCGUAUCCCCCGAGGCCACGGCAGGAGCAGGGGGACAAACAGAGUCGCCUGGAGGAAGACGCCGGUCCUGUGAACGGCGAGACUGUUCCCUGGGAGGCCGACUUCCUGUUGGGCAUGGCCACCGUGCCACAGUGCAAGUCGUUUCGAAACACCUCCACUGGCUCCAUCUACAUCCAGGAGCUGUGCACGCAGCUGAUGAGGUCAGCAGAAAGCUUGAAGAAUGAUGAUAUACUCACUGUGCUGACACGUGUGAACAACGAGGUCAGCAAAGGAGAAUAUUCAAAAUACAAACAAAUGCCAGAGCCCAAGUACACCCUCACCAAGAAGCUCGUCCUUGCAUAUAUGUGUGUUGGCCCGGACCACGCGGAAAGCUGAACAUGUGCCAGAUUUGCAGAGACCAGACUGUGUGUAUGAAUGUAGUUUUUUUUUAUUUCACUGUACAAUGGUUACAGCUGGUUUGAUGAGAUUGAAUGUCAGCAUCUGUGUAGUUAUCUUGAGAAUUGGAUGUCUCUUAAUUACAAAAUAUCAUGGCAUAUAUAAUGUUACCAAAGCCACUCUGAGAACAUUUCCUUUUUGAAAUGUUUAUGAUUAUUCCCCAAAUGAUUUAGCAACAUUGUGCUAUUUGAGAAAAGUGGCAUUUUAAAGGGAAAUUAACAUUAAUCUGCCCUUUAUUUGUAUUGCUUUUUGUAUGGAGUGAGAAAUAUAUAUUUAAAAAUAAAGUAGUAAGAUGGUGAAAAGUC